CGGGGAGCAUCGCGAUCGAGUGUGCUCCGGAGAGGCUGCGGGAGAGAAGGUGGCAGGCGGGCUCGUUGAACCAGGCGUCCCCGCUGCGAGCAACGAGGGAGAGCGAAGACGAGAUGGAGCCUCAGCGGAGCAUGGUCAUUUAUAAAAAUCACGAAGAGUAAGGUCUCAGAACAGAUCCCUGACAUGGUCUCUGUCUCUGUUAAGAAGGCUGUGAUUGGGGUGAGGCUAACUGUGUGGCACCAUAUGAUGUACAGCCACUUACUGUGAAUCUUUUCAAGAAUGCUCCUACGUCUUUGGGGUGAACUCGUCCUGCGUCUUCCAAAUUACUCCCAGAAACUCCAGCCGUUGUUGCUGCACUGUUAUCCCGGUCCACUAAGAUGAGCAGAAGGGAAGGCGUGUGGCAGGAAGUUUGAUCCCAGCAGUCAGAUUGUGGACUGUCUGACAUUCCCUUGCAACCGGCCGUUAGGCAACACUUCAAUGAGUUCCCGCAGUCAAAGUUUCUUUCACCGCACCCCGCCUGGUCCCUCCUCCAAACCCCGGCUGGUGACCGGUGGGGUGUUGGGAGGGAUCGCGCAGAUAACCCCGUUCCUCUACCUCAGCAGUGGGAAUGCAGCUGCCAACCGCAACCUGGUCCUGUCCAAGGGCAUUACCUGCAUCAUCAAUGCCACCAUGGAGAUUCCCAACGCCAACUGGCCGGAGGUGGAGUAUGUCAAAGUGCCUGUGGCCGACCUGCCACACGCCCCGCUCUCCCUGUACUUCGACAGCAUCGCCGACAAGAUCCACAGCAUCAGCAAGAAGCACGGCUCAGCCCUGGUGCACUGCGUGGCCGGGGUGAGCCGAUCUGCCUCCCUCUGCAUCGCCUACCUGAUGAAGUUCCACAAGAUCUCCCUGCUGGAGGCUCAUAACUGGGUCAAAUCCCGCCGCCCCAUCAUUCGCCCCAACGUGGGCUUCUGGAGACAGCUGAUAGAAUACGAGCGGAAGCUCUUCGGCAAGAACAGUGUUAAAAUGGUGCAGUCUCCCAUUGGGGUAAUUGCAGACAUUUAUGAAAAGGAAACCAGGAACCUCACCCCUUUCUGGGGCAUUUAACAUAACCUGAGGGACUAAUCUUCUGCAACACUGUAUAAUAAAAUUAAGUCUCCUGUAGGAUUGUAAAUCUGAUGGAAAUACUAACCUGUAGUUACUGCUGAAUCUGUCAUAAAUGGAUUGAGCAUCAGCAUUCUGUUUCCCCACAAGGCCCUCAGAUACACCAGUGAUGUAAAUCUGUUCAAACAAGGUGGGCCUUGUACAGCUCGAUAGUGGAAAUUAUUUUUAAACAUUUCUAAAAUUAAUCCUAAUUAUUUUAUCUUUAAAUGUUUUUAAUCGUUGUCCUUUUUAAUGGACAUGCAGGGAGAUAUUUGUGCUACUGGCUUGAGGUGGGCACUUGGUAGGCUUCAGGAUGGAGAGUUUGGCUUGAUUAGUGGACGUUAUGAAGUUCAGCCUCCAUUUCUCUCUCUCCCACCUGAAAGUUGCUGCUAUGAACUUGGGAAGAUCAUAGCUCAAGUUCGUUUUGAACAAGACAUAAAAUGUAAAUGUAACGAUCUGAUUUGCACUGCUGCGUCAUUGUUGCGUCCUGUGAGCUACUUUUUUUUAACAAGGACCUUGCUGAAACACGAGGUGUGUUUUAACCAAGCAGAGAUGUUGAAUAGUGUGACACAAGAUCUCAGUAUAGCGGUAAAGUGUUAAAACAGCGCUGCUAUUUUGUUUUUAAAUUUAAGGCACAAAUUUACAGAGGAAAAACUUGCUGGAGUGAAUGGAUCAACAGGGAUUUUGUUUUGCAAAAGGUUGAUUUUAAACACUUUGUUCCAAUUAAGACUCUUUGCAUUUGGCUUCCCAGUGAGUGCUUUGAUAUUUCUCAGUGUGUAUGUUUAUCUUCUGGGGUUUACCGAUUUGAGGUCUGUUCUCUGAUGGAUUCACACCUCUGCGCCUGCACUUUCUUUGUUCUGAUCUGCAAGGGCCUCUUUGAACUGUUCCCUGGGCAGUGUAGGUCACUCAGACUGAGCGGGACCUGUCCCUUUCUGGAGCACACCUCCUAACUGAUGUGUCGGGUGGCCCUCUGCCUGAGUGUUUGUAAAGUUGAACAAAGAUCACCAAGCAGUGUGAGACUGUAAACAGAAUAGAAUUUCUCUGGAACUGCUCGUAACUGGUUUUCUUUAAAGAGAAUUGUGAUGUAUGAAGAGCUUUAUCAACAACAAAGAAAUAAAAAAAAAUG